AAGACAWCACUUUUUGAUUGAACGAAUUGAACAAAUGAGGUGUUCACCCKCGGUCGCCGCCUUCGCCUUUGUGGCAGCCCUCUGUACCACCAGCUGUUACGCUCGAAGUAGCAACACUGUUAUCGACAAUCGUGAGCAGACACCGYCGAGAUCGCGACGCAUCCGAGGUAUCUCCAAUCAGAAUCCGAGGACUCGGCGUUUGGAUGAACCCGACCGCCGUCCUGCCGACAAAGAACUACCGGUCCCUCCCGACGAAGAACCGAUUCCCGCUUGUGCCGACCACGGUGAGGCUCCCUUCUCUUAUACRACCCUGACACGCGUUUCGUACACCGGGGAAAUUGACUUUUCCGACCUAGAUUUCGUCGGUGCCAUCGAAGCAAACUUUGAAUCGGCCUACAACAAUGUCGCCGGGAGUUGCGAACAACCGAAUGCCUUUCGUCAAAUCGUGUUCGCRUUCGUCUUGACACCGGACGGGUGUUCCGUGCCCGGGAUCGAACUCCCCGAUCCGCAAACAAUAGACGCCGAGAUAAGCAGUCUCCGGUUGCACAACGCCACCGACRAAUUAGGUGCCGGGCCACCCGAUGCCGCYCCUCCGGCCGUGACCGAGCAAGCAUCCGGUGCGGCGUUCUUGAUCGCCACACAACUGAGAUGCAACGCCUGCUCUACCCUGUGCGAACCAUUCGUAGCUCCCGCCUUGUUCGGAUCCGAGGGAGUCGAAAACUUCUCUAAACAGCCAGAGGAAGGCGAAUGCARCUGCGACGGACCCUCUCGGGGAGACAUGACUGCCGAGCUCAACAUCGGGUUCGGCAAGAUCUUGGCCGACCAAGGAGUCAAUGGGACAGACAUUGUGUUCAACAACGUCGAUCAGUUGUGCAUCGAUGGGGGGUGCAGGCCACCCGAUGGAACAGAAAUAUGCUUCACCAACGAUGCGGUCUGUUUGGAUGCCCGAUCCACGGAACUSUUCCUCAACCCUACGCCAUCGCCGACCAACGAACCGUCCGCCUWCCCCACGAAAGCCCCAACGGUCCCCAAACCAAAGCAAAAUCACAAGACGAAACCCACACCACCACCCACCGCCUCACCGACCGCCCAACCGACAAAGGCGAAGAAGAACCCAAAGCUCUAAUCCAGGCCCGGUCCAACUUCGUCCGAUACUCCGAUACCGUGAGGUCAAGAAAGCUUGAAAACKGAAGCGGAAAGCUAGCUGGCAUUCAGCAUGAAUAGAAUGCCAAAGGAAAU